AUGGUGUAUAGCAUCAUAAUGUUAUGUAUUUGGUUCUUCUUAUUGUUGGGAACUUCCACUUCACUAGACAGUUUGGCAGUGGGUCAAUCCCUCCGAGAUGUUGAGAAUGAGUCUUUGGUUUCAGCAGGUGGAAUUACUGAACUGGGUUUCUUUAGUCUUGGCGAUUUAUCAAGACGAUAUUUGGGUGUGUGGUUCAGAAAUAUAAACCCUAGUACAAAGGUAUGGGUGGCUAACCGAAAUACACCUCUCAAGAAAAACUCAGGAGUUCUGAAACUCAAUGAAAGAGGGGUUCUUGAGCUUCUCAAUGAUAAAAACAGCACCAUUUGGUCAUCCAAUAUAUCAAGCAUAGCACUGAAUAAUCCAAUUGCUCAUCUUUUGGAUUCAGGAAAUUUUGUAGUGAAAUAUGGACAGGAAACAAACGAUGACAGCCUCUUGUGGCAGAGUUUUGAUUAUCCAGGUAACAUAUUGUUGCCAGGAAUGAAACUUGGAUGGAACUUGGAGACUGGUCUAGAAAGAUUUCUAUCAUCUUGGACAAGUUCUAACGAUCCUGCUGAGGGAGACUACGCUGCAAAAAUUGAUCUUAGAGGAUAUCCUCAAAUAAUUAAGUUCCAGCGAUCCAUUGUGGUAUCAAGAGGAGGAUCAUGGAACGGCAUGUCUACAUUUGGUAACCCGGGUCCAACUAGUGAAGCAUCACAAAAACUUGUGUUAAAUGAAAAAGAGGUGUAUUAUGAGUACGAGCUUCUUGAUAGGUCGGUCUUCACAAUAUUGAAACUGACCCAUUCAGGCAAUUCGAUGACUUUGGUUUGGACAACUCAAAGCAGCACCCAGCAGGUAGUCUCAACUGGGGAGAUAGAUCCAUGCGAGAAUUAUGCCUUUUGUGGUGUAAAUUCUAUAUGCAAUUAUGAUGGAAACGUUACAAUAUGUAAAUGCUCGAGAGGAUAUGUUCCCAGUUCUCCUGAUCGAUGGAAUAUAGGAGUUUCAUCUGACGGUUGUGUUCCAAAGAAUAAAUCUAAUGACAGCAACAGUUAUGGAGAUAGCUUCUUCAAGUAUACAAACUUGAAAUUGCCAGACACCAAAACAUCAUGGUUUAAUAAGACGAUGGACCUUGAUGAAUGUCAGAAGUCAUGCCUUAAAAAUAGGUCUUGUACAGCAUAUGCAAAUUUAGAUAUCCGUGAUGGAGGAAGUGGCUGUCUACUUUGGUUUCAUGGUCUAUUUGAUAUGAGGAAAUACUCUCAAGGGGGACAAGACUUGUACGUUAGAGUCCCUGCUUCAGAAUUAGAUCAUGUUGGCCAUGGAAACAUGAAGAAAAAGAUAGUAGGAAUCAUUGUUGGUGUGACUACUUUUGGAUUAAUCAUUACAUGUGUAUGCAUAUUGAUAAUUAAAAAUCCUGGGUCUGCAAGAAAAUUUUACAGCAACAAUUACAAAAACAUACAGAGAAAGGAAGAUGUUGAUUUGCCAGUUUUCAGUUUGUCAGUUUUAGCUAAUGUCACCGAAAACUUCUCAACCAAAAACAAGCUUGGAGAAGGUGGCUUUGGACCAGUAUACAAGGGAACCAUGAUAGAUGGGAAAGUGUUAGCUGUGAAAAGGCUUUCAAAGAAGUCUGGACAAGGGUUGGAAGAGUUCAAGAAUGAAGUGACAUUGAUUUCCAAACUUCAGCACCGUAAUCUUGUAAAACUUCUUGGUUGCUGCAUUGAAGGAGAAGAAAAAAUGUUGAUUUAUGAAUACAUGCCCAACCACAGCUUGGACUACUUUGUUUUCGAUGAAACGAAAAGGAAGUUGCUAGAUUGGCAUAAGCGUUUCAAUGUUAUUACUGGCAUUGCUCGAGGACUUCUCUAUCUUCAUCAAGACUCUAGGCUGAGAAUUAUUCAUAGAGAUCUUAAAACUAGUAAUAUUUUACUGGAUGCAAAUUUGGAUCCCAAAAUAUCAGACUUUGGGUUGGCGCGAUCAUUUUUGGGAGAUCAAGUUGAGGCAAACACAAAUAGGGUGGCUGGAACAUAUGGUUACAUGCCUCCUGAGUAUGCUGCACGGGGGCAUUUCUCAGUUAAAUCGGAUGUCUUUAGUUACGGCGUGAUAGUACUAGAGAUUGUAAGUGGGAAGAAAAACAGGGAUUUUUCGGACCCAGAACACUACAAUAAUCUACUUGGACAUGCGUGGAGGUUAUGGACUGAAGAGAGGGCAUUGGAACUAUUGGAUAAACUGUCAGGAGAAUGCUCGCCCUCUGAAGUCGUACGAUGCAUACAAGUAGGCCUAUUAUGUGUGCAACAAAGACCACAAGAUAGGCCACACAUGUCAUCAGUGGUAUUAAUGUUGAAUGGUGACAAAUUACUGCCAAAGCCAAAGGUUCCUGGAUUUUACACUGGAACAGAUGUUACAUCUGAAGCGUUGGGAAAUCACAGACUGUGCUCAGUUAACGAACUUUCCAUCACAAUGUUAGAUGCAAGAUAAGAAAUUGAUGCAAGAAAAAUUUAGGGCUUCACCUUCCUAUGUGGGAUAUAUUGUUUAUUUUAGCUUACAUAAUUAGUGAAGGUGCUAUUACGAGCUCCUGUGCUUUAUCUUUGUUUAAUGCAUCCAAACACACCUUACUACAGAGUUCUACAAGACAUAAAUCGUUAAUUGCAGUUUCCAGUAGAAUAUGGUUGUGAAGCUUUUCCAGUUCUUGACAUGAAACAACUUAGAUUUCUCUGAACUUUUUCCGCACAUCAC